AUGGACCCUCCGAACCCCUCACACGACUCGACCUUCUUCACCCCCAACCACUCGCUCUCGCUUCCGGAUCACACACCCGAAGCAGACCCGCAUCGGAUGGCGUUCCAUCAGCAUGAGUUGGGGGUGGGGACGAGUGCGAGUGCGGGCGAGAAUGCGUUUGGGGAGUAUGCGGCGGGCGUGAGUGGCGCGCAGGAGGAGGAGGAGGAGGAGGAGGUGGGACGGGGUUGGUUCGCUGCGAGGACUCCGCGGGCUCAUCCGCUUGGGCAGGCGCAGGAGACUUCGAUCUCGCAUGAAGGACAGAACGGAGACUACGGAAAUGGAUUGCACGGCGCGCAGAACGGAGAGGGAGAGGGAGCGAACGGCGAGGAGGUAGAGGACGACGAGGAAGAAGACGGAGGAGCGUACCUCGACGACGAGGCGGAUGGGGAGUACGAGCCUCAAGGGGAGUCGAAUGGCGGCGGCGGUGGCGGCGGGACGAAGCGGAGCGCGAAGGGGAAGGGAAAGGCGCCUGCGAAGAGGGCGAGAAGGGCGAGUGCGAAGGGUUCGGCGGCGGCGAAUGGCCAUGGACGGAACGGCGGCGAUCCAGGCGUGCAGGGGUACGAGUACGACGCUGCGACUGCCGGCUCAUACGACGCCUCGACGUCUGCGACGCCCUAUGAUCCCUCCUCCUCUCACGCUUCGGCCUCCGGCUCGAACGGCGCCGGCGCAGGUGCAGGUGCGGUGCUGGAAGAAGCGGCGGCGCAGGACGAGGCCGAACCGCUGUACGUCAACGCGAAGCAGUAUCAUCGUAUCUUGAAGCGGAGGAUGGCGAGGGCUCGUUUGGAGGAGAUGGGCAGGCUGAGCAGGGAGAGAAAGCCCUACCUCCACGAAUCCCGCCACAAGCACGCCAUGCGCCGGCCACGCGGUCCAGGCGGCCGCUUCCUGACGCUCGAAGAGCGCGCGAUUCUCGAGGCGGGAGGGAGCGUUCCCGGAGUAGAGUGGCCGCCGAAACCUUUGCCUGGUGAUGAGGCUGAUGAGGCGGAGGGUGAGGAUGCUGGGUAG